AUGAGCGCAAGUAAUGGUCUGCCCACCGCCACGAAUGGCACCUUCGCUGCUGCGGGUGACGACGUCGUGGUCACGCUGGACGACAUUGAACGCCUCGCAAACUCCAGCCAGAAGACCGGGUACUUUGACUACUACAACUGUGGUUCGGGGCAGGAGCAGACGCUUCGGGAGAACAUGUCGGCUUUCAUGAGGUUGCGCCUGCGUCCACGGGUGCUACGGGGCGUGGCGCAGAGGAGCACGGAGGUGACGCUGCUCGGAGACCAGAGGCUCUCGUUUCCCGUGGGCAUCUCGCCCACCGCAGCCCACAAGGCGGUGCACACGGAUGGGGAAGUGGCCACCGCAAAGGCUGCCCGGGAUGCGAAGACCGUCAUGGUUUUAAAUACCUUCAGCCACACUUCUAUUGAAGACGUCCGGAGAGCGGUCCCGGAUGGGCUCUUCUGGUUCCAGACGGGCAUCUACAAGGAUCGAGAUUUUACCAGACAUCUCGUGCAGCGCGCCGAACGAGCGGGUUUUAAGGCGGUGCUUCUGACCGUGGACAUGGCCGUUCCCGGAUGCUGGAAAGACAAGCUCGGCGCAGCGUCCACACUCUCGAGCGAUCCGCCAAAAAUGGCCAAUCUGCUAGGCACUUCGAUGCACCACUACACAGAAGGGGCAGGUGGCGGUUACAGCGACAUGAUCGACGCCUCCGUGACCUGGGCCGACGUCACCUGGCUCAAGAGCAUCAGCAAGUUGCCCGUGGUCGCGAAGGGGAUUCUGACAGCCGAAGAUGCGGAGGAAGCGAUCAAGCACGGAGUCUCAGCCAUUUUAGUUUCCAACCACGGCGGUCGACAACUGGACGGUGUCCCGUCAAGUAUCGAGGCCCUCCCCGAGGUCGUGAGGGCGGUCCGGGGUCGCGUCGAGGUCUACAUGGACGGAGGCGUGCGUCGGGGCACAGACAUCAUCAAGGCGCUUGCCCUGGGAGCCAGAGCGGUCUUCGUCGCACGACCCAACAUCUGGGGACUGGCGUACAACGGUCAAGCCGGCGUGAGUAGGAUGCUCGAGAUACUCAGGGAAGAGCUGGACCGGGCACUCGCACUGAUGGGGUGUUCUUCCGUCGAUGAACUCCGUCCCGAGAUGGUUGUUCACCAAGAAUACUACUACGAUCUUCUGAAAAGACCCCAAAAAUAGCCGUGACGGCGGCUGGAUAAGAAGUAAGAACCCGCGGCUUGAGGCUCGUUACCUCAAACCGACAAUAAACAGGAAAUCGCGCAA